CUUCCUUUUUGGUUUAUUAUUUCCGUCUAGGUGCUAAGAAUAUUGUAAUGAAUCUGGAGCAUGCUCCAAUUAAGUGAAAACCUUAACAAAUCAGUAUAAAAUGGUGAUUUUGUUGGGUUUAAAGUUGAAAAGUUUUACUGUGUGAGGGAGAAAGGGUCAGCAGUUGGACUUUCCUUCCAUUUUGAACCUCAUUUUCUAUGACCAAAGACCGGUCUCAAUGAAGAAUUAAAAUCCCCCCUUCAACUUUUUCCUUGCAGUCAAACUUCUCCUUUGAUUCUCUCUUUCCCUCAUUUUUUCUUCAUUCAAAAGGGGGUGUCACUUAAAUCACAAACCCAUAUUCUCCGCUCUCCUUAGGUUUUUUUUUCCCUUUGUUUAUUUAUCUUCACAGAUUUUAAGCUUAGAGCCAUACCAAAAACCCACAAAACCUCAUCACACCCUUAUAGGGUUCUGAUAUAUUUUACUUAUUUUCAGGAAACCUUUUGCAAUCUUUGCCUCGUCAGCCCCAAGUUUUUUUUAUACUAAGCUCCCAAGUUUUCUAGUACAAGAAAAAAAAAGCAGAAAAAGCAACCUUUUGUCUUGGUCUUUUGAGUUAUAAAUAUAUAUUCUCAGCUGAAUUGCGGAUUCUAGUUCAUUUACUUCUAUGCGUUCAGCUUCUAAUUCAUCAAGCUUGCGUUCUCAACUAAAUCUAAUUUUCUGCUGUUUUAUGGUUUGUGUUCAUUCAUGCUUUUUGUGAUGAAAAGUUGUCCUCGUGUCUAAAAUGAACUGAUACGCAUAUAUGCCACAUAAAUAGCAUACUGGUCGUGCAAUUUGGGAAAGAAAAUUUUUUAUUUUCUCCUCUUUCUUUGUCUGCUUUACAAUAAAUGGAGAACAUGGGAGAAUGGGAGCAAAAGAGUCUGAUAAAUGAGCUAACACAAGGAAGAGAGCUAGCCAGGCAACUCCAAGUCCAUCUCAAUGUGCCUUCUUCUUCCAAUGAAACUAGCGAAUUGUUAGUCCAAAAGAUCCAAGCUUCCUAUCAGAAGGCACUUUCAAUGCUGAACUACAAUCUUACCUCUUUGGCAGCAGAGCCACAACCCUCCUCAGGACUAGCAAUCAGAAUGUCGGAGUCACCACCUUCUCGUAGUGGAAGCCCCCGAAGCGAAGACUCUGACCGUGAUUUCAAGGAACAGGAUCUCAAAGAUGCCUCCAAGGAAAGAAAAACUCUGCCAAUAAGGAAACAACAUGUACGAGUUACGCCAGGUACAGCGCUGGAGGGACCUCUUGAUGAUGGCUUCAGUUGGAGGAAAUAUGGACAAAAAGAUAUUCUCGGAGCAAAAUAUCCAAGAGGCUACUACAGGUGCACCCACCGAAAUGUCCAAGGUUGUUUGGCAAAAAAGCAAGUACAAAGAUCAGAUGAUGACCCAGCAAUCUUUGAGAUUAUUUACCGCGGAAGGCACACUUGUACUCUAGCCUCACAUGUAAUGCCUCCCCCAGGACCCUCAGAAAAUCAAUUAGAACAAGGAACUUGCAUAAAACCACAGCAGCAUAACCAGAAACAAUCACAAGAUCUACGUCUGAGCUUCCAGAGGGGCCUUAAAUUUAUAACCCAAGACUUAGACAUAAGUCGUGAGCAAACAUAUCCUUCAUUCCCUUAUCCUUCAUCAAUGUCCGAUAUAAAGGUUGAAAACAAUGUUGUCUUUUCAUCACCUUCUGUGAUUGACAACAAUGUGGCGGGAAAUCUUUCACCUUCAUUUAUAUCGCCUGCAACAUCAGGGUCUAAGCAUUUCUCUAUGUCUCCAAGUCCAAGAGGGAUGAACGGUACUCAUGGGCAAACAAACAUUAAUUUUCAAACUUCUGAGCCUCAGCUCACUGAGAUUAUCCAAGCUGCUACGUCAGCAGCAAACUAUCCCACUGUUGGUUUGGAUUUCCCAUUUGGUAAUGCCGAAUUCAAUCCAAACUUCACAUUUGACAACCAUGGUUUCUUUCCCUAAUCAUAAGCCUUGUUGCCAAGAAACUUUUGUUUCACUGCAUACACGUAGCAGUAACAAACAAGAGUUGGAUUUUAUGGUCCUGUCAGAUAGAUUUCUUAUAGCAGAUGAAGACUGUACUUUUUUUUUUUUUUGCUUUUUUUCCUUUUCUAACCCGUGAGGUGUAACUUUUUCCGAUUAAAUGAAAUCAAAUAUUGCUAAUUUCAAAUAACUUUUUCAUAGAGGAUUUGUUCCAAUUUAGAAACCCCGAAGUUCAAAUCUACCAUCUCAGCAAAAAUUAGGAGCAUCGGCCUCAAUCAAUUUGACAUUGCAAUAUCUGACGCAAACAAUAGACCAAAAGAGAAUUGAAGUAGGCCCAGAAAGAAUUUACCAAUGGCAGUCCAAGAGGCAAAAGUUAAAUUCUGAACCCAACAUUGGAGCGACGGGCCAACCCAAAAUAGUAAACCAACGUAAGGCUAUAAUCAAUUUUCUGAUUAAACCCAACGGAUCAAUUACCUCCCAGGGAAAUUCCAGAGCCCAGGUUGGCUGAUGAACAUGGUGAUUUGUUGGAUGAGCCACCGUUUUCAUAUGCUUAUUUUUGGGAUAAAUAGUCCAUUCCAAUUUGAAGCAGAACUAUGAUUCUUCUUCCGAAUUUGGGAAGCUGAGAAAAUGAUUUUAUUAGCUGGUCCAAACCUGAGCUAAGAAAAGAAGACAAAAAUCAAUAAAUAAAAAAAUACUUGGAAUUUUUUUCGGUGUUCCUUAUUAAGCAUCAUUAUGGAAGUCAUGCAAAAUUUGAGCCUAGCUAGCAGCCUGCUACUUUGCAAUCUUGUUAAGAUUGCAUGCGUGGGAUGGGAC